ACUAAUUAUUAAAAUCCUUUUCUCCGUGCUUUAAGUUCGCUACGUUGAAUAACGCAAUUAGUUCAUCAGAAUAUUUGAAUUGAAGCGUUUGCCAAACAUGGCUCCUAAAAAGAAUAAACAAUUCUAUGCUUAUUAUUUCUCUACAAAGGAUGGCCCAGAGAAUAGAAAUAAAAAAUAUCAUAUCGACUCUCUAGAAGAUAUUUCGCUUUAUGAUGGCGAUCAACCUCUAAAAUUGGCACGCAUUCAAGUUCGAAAUAAACCUUGGACAGUCAAAUCGGAUGAUCCAAAUGAGCGCUGGCCAGAUUUACUCGUCGAUAUAAGUCACGACAAAAAAAAGUUAACAAAAAUAUUUGCCAUCGCACCUGAGGAAUCUAUGUUCAUUCACAAAGUUUCAGUUCGAUGAAAGAUGUUGCAGUGAAUGAUGAAGACGUGGAUGAUA